AUAAUGGGCCUAUAAACACAUCCUGUCUCAAUAGAACAAGUCCAACAACAACAUAACCCUGUCCGUCUCCUGCAUUUUCUUUACUACUGCCAGUGUUAGAGACUGAAAGAAUGAGUUCCUCGAGCUUAAGAAGCAUGUUGGCACAAGCUGCGGUUAAAGGAGUAACAGAGGCAAGGGCAAUGAUAUUUGGUCAUGUACUUAACCCAACUGGUCAAAGAAGUGCCCAUAAGAUUUUACGUAAGAAAUUUGUUGGUGAAAAAGUUGUAUCAUGGUAUCAACAGGACAUUCUGAAAGAGGACCCUGCUGUCGUGGCACGCAAAGAAUCAGAGCGUUUAUCCAAAGUUGAAAUGUUGAAGCGUCGUGGCAAGGGAGCACCUAAGAAGGGACAUGGAAAGCGUGCUGCUAAACGUAGUAAAUAGAAAUCGAUGCUUAGUAUUUCAAGUUUCUUAUCAGCUUACAAAACUAAGUGGCUACUUACAUAUAUUGAUUUCAACCUUUUCAAGCUGUUGGAGCUUGUUGAUGCUUGCUUAGAGUUAUUAAAUUUUGAAUUGUGUAUCUGCUUAUUUCCGAAUGAAAUACCAUGGUUACUAGUGAUCUUAAGGGAAAGAAUAAUCUGAAAGACAUCUAGAUUAGUUUAGAUACAAAAUCACUAUUUGUCAUUCUAUUUUGAAAGCUGAUACAUCUUUCUCCUUUUCCAGGAGCAGUUAACUCAUUU